GCAGUUGCCGUCAGCCUCGCCUCCCAGUGAGCCAAGCUAGAGUAGCGAGGCUGCUUUGCCGAUUCGAUACUUUUUUUUAUACUUUUCACAAACGAACAAAAACGGUGUGUGUUUCUACGUAAUUUGGUCAGUUUCGCCCUAACCGAUUCACCGCCUGAUACGCAUGUAACCUUGGUUAAAUAACCCAGUAACAAUCAUCCGUUCCAAGAACCAAGUCAACCGAUUCAUCCGAUUCCGCAGUCGUCCGAACUACGCGCAACGCCUAACACCUAGAAUAUUCUUUGCCAACUAAACGCAAACACGCUGUAACGAGUAAAGGGUCUUUACCGAGUGAUCAAUGUGUGCGGAAUAGUGCAGUCAGUGCCAGAGACCCUCGAGGAGACCGAGACGCUUGGAACUUCCAGCCAUGGGACGGCGAUGAGACAUUAAUUUACCUGGAACAAGAUGGGUCAUCGUUACGUGACCAAGAUGACGCUGUACCUGCUGAUCCCCGUGUUCGGGGCGUUAUUCACGCAGGUGUUGGCUCAGAGCAACUAUGCUUCCCAGGCAAACAGCAUCGAGUACCAGCCAGGACUCCCGCCUAGUACCGUUCUGGACGGCAAAGUCACAAAAUUGGAUGAUAUUUCUUCAGACAUAUCCCUAAAUCGUACUAAAGCUCAUCUGAACUGUGCUCAAGGCAGCAUGGAAGUCGAGCUAAAAUUCAAUGAAGCAUUUUACGGUGUAGCUUACGCUGACUUUGAUCGCAACAGUGCCUGUAUGGCUAGAGGAAACGGCGCUAAUUUUACAAAAUUAGAAUUGCCACUUAAAGGCUGUGGCACGGUCCAGGAUCCCCAGCGUGUUUUCACUAAUAACAUCGUGGUGCGAUUCCAUCCUGGUCUCGAAAUGGAAGGUGACGAGGUUAUCACCAUUGUUUGCAGAUAUCCUCCUCCAGUGGUAAUAGUACCACCGAUAACGCAGCGUAUAAGAACCGAUGAACCAGCCGUAGUUCCUGUCCUGCCAGCACCACUCCAGGGAUUCCAAAUCCUUCUGAUUAUCUGCGCAAUCCUGUUCCUCACGCUUCUACUUAUUGGCUUGGGCUGUUCGUACAUGUGCCUGAAGCGAAGAAACGUUCGCGUUAUUCACCGGCAUCCGUUCAGCACCGGAUCCGGUUCUGAAAUAACAAAAAUGUCGACAUCAUCCCUCAGCAAUUUGUCCAUGAUUGAGGGUCUCAAGAUACCCAGGGCUCACGCGCUCCUUCACGCAGCUCCGUCAUCCUCCGGAAGCGAGACCAAUCUCGUCAUCGACCAUUCAGACACCCUUCCCAGCGACUAUCCGAGUGAGAGCCAUUCGGAAGUUGACGAAGAACGCUCCUUACCGGUUUCCUCCGCUGGAUCCUACGAUAACAAAGCUUUCAUGCACCAGCAGCAGGCCGAGAUUCGCACACCGAGUUCGCUCUAUUCGGAAUCGGUGGCGGACGCGGAGACCUCGGCAAUGACGGCCGCCAAUGCAUCCAGAAUCGCAGUUCCUCGACACCCCGUUGCUCUUCCAAUAGAACCCAAAUUCGACGUGCAAAUGAGAGUGAAGAGAGCGCCACCUCCGCCACCUAGUCCGUUGCCGUCCGAGUCCGACGCAAGCAUUGCCCUCGAAAGAAACUUGACGACAAUUUUGGAAAGAGAGGAGUCCGCCAGAUCGAUGGAGAGUCCCGUCCCACCUGCACCUCAGAUGACCUCGUUCUCGUACGUUCCCGAAUUGCACUAUCCCCCGAACGCCACCAUAUCCAGACAGCAAACACCGCCUGUGUACUCGAGGAUUCUAAGGAAGCAGGCCGAGAGAGAGGCGAUGGAACCACCGAUGGCUAUUCAUCGUCCGAGGUCAUUGACCUCGCUGAAUACGGAGUUGACGGAUACUCACUCCCUCACCGAAGUUACCGAUAAUACUCACGCUAGAUACAAGGUCGCCAGCAUUCUUGCACCGACGCCACCGCCUCCGCCAUCCAUUGGGCCGAGCACGCACACGACUGUUUUGCACCACGAACUACCCGCCGAACGAGUUGAGCCUCUCGUCGAGCCUGUGGUAGCUCAGAGGCGCCCGGAAAUUACGACGCACGAGGUCGACGACGUCUUCCUGAGAACUGUAACGGAGAAGCGGACCAUAGAGGACAUUGAACGUCACAGACGGCAAGUGACCGAGUACCAUGCCAGGCCACAAGUCCUUCCGGACCCGAAGUGGGACGUGACCAUUCGAAACUAUCCGACGGAGGAGCUUCCACCACCCCCUCCCGAGUGGGAGAACUUCUCUGACAUAAGCUCAGCGUCUAAUCUUACCAUCACAAACGAACCAACGCCUCACGAACCGGAACCCGAGCUGCUCGAUAUGGUCGAUACGAACAUAGAGCCGACGUACACACCCAGGGUGGAGAUGCCGUCCAGAAUGAUGGACGAAGAUCCGGUUCCAAAUUGGAGCGUCCUGAUACGUGUACUGGAACCGCAACACGCGGCGGAAUUGACGGAAGAGGAACGCGUCAAGUGGCGAGAGAUAAUCACCACGGAAAGCACCCUCCGCACUCUUCUUACCGAGGCUGUGGUGAAGGAGGAUUACGAGCUGAUCAGAAAGGACGUGCGAUACACGAAUCUAUUCUCAUCGGAGAAGUGGGACGUGAUAAUCAGGAUCCUCAGCCCUCCGUCUUCGGCUCCGCCCGGAAAAAGUGGGCAGCGUUACAAGCGCGGAAAGGGUUCCGAGUGGGACACCAGAUCUCGAAGGUCGUCCCUACCGACGCUCUACGAGUACGAGAGUGACGGCGGCAGCUCCGUCAGGACGCUGACCCAGGACCAGCGGCAAGGAGGAGGCGCUCCUCUUCCUCCUGGUCGCUACAGACGCUUGAGCUCGACAACUCGGGGAGGCAGCGAAGCCGAUCUCAGAUCCAUGUCGGAGAUGACAGUCAGGGACUUCGCCAGAGCGGAUCGCGAUGAUCUGACCAGUCUAAGCUCUUACGAAGGCGAGUCUCUCGUCAGGUCGUUGAGCCAGCCGAGUCUUGCCAGGUCCGGUUCUGAGUUCACAGAACACUGGGGGGUUCCCAGAGGAACUUGGGGCGGCGAGGACGGUGUCAGUUCGACGGAAACGACACCGCGACCCGUGAGGCGGAUGCCCUAUCAGCAGCACCACCAGCAGGUGACCUCUUCCGUCUUCAGCAACGCUCAACAGGGCGCGAUCACUGCCAGCGGAGCACCGGGGACGCAGGGAAUGGUCUUCAGGGAGGCCAGGUACUCUGAGACCGUUCGAGAAACCCAGCAACAAGGAAGUUCCAGUUGGUUCCAUGACGACUCGGAACCGGAAAUGCAGAUCUGAGGAUCUUUAUGAUUACGAAAUUAGGGAGGAAGUGAUACAAAUACCUAAUGAUGACGCAGCGUCGUCUCAUAGUCCAAAAUCAAAAUAGAUAAUCGAAGGGACUUCUCCGAAAAAUUCACGUAGGUGCGCGAUUUUCUUUUAACAAUAUCGAAAAAACGCACUUGGCGGAAGUAACGAUUCAAUUCUAAAUAUACGUGUAUUAUCGGCAAAACCCUAAAUCCGGUGAAAUAAUUGUGAUACUGUUUUUUCGGCAUAACCAAUUUCACCUUGUUGCAUCAGAAAUUCUAAGGGAUCGGAUUAAUCUUAAAAAUCAUAGUAUUCCAGUUUAUAAAACGAUUGGAAUUAUAUCGCUUUCUGAACAGACCAAUUUUCAUAUAUUAGGCUUCAUCUUUGAAUACAUCUACUUACAAUUCGCGAAUAAAAUAUAAUUUUAUUCCAUUUCGCAAAUCGAGAGGCUUGUGUUUGUUAUGAUAGAUAUUUUGUCUCAACUUUAAAUUGGAAAGUAUUACUUUUGAUUCGAUUUUUUCAUAAUUCGAUAGGGAUAUAACCAUAAAAAAAGAAGAAUAAUUAAUUAUGCAAAAUCUACACCGUCACCGGUUGUAACUAUCUUCGUCGUACAGUGUAUGAACUAUCAUUGAAUUGGUCAGACCAGUUUUAACGGAUUUUGGGGUAUGAAGUUCAGUAUGCACGUAGUUAUAUUUAUGCAGGGACUAACGGCACUCCUUAAAGAAGAACGUACGAACUUGGCGUGUUUAUCGUGUGUGCUGAAUUUGUUCUAUCUCUAUCAAAUGUUCCACGAAUCCAUAAAAUGACGUACUGUUACUAGUAGCGUAGAAACGAUUUGAGAUUCGCAACGGCCAAGUCACAACUACACUAGAAAGAUAAGACACGCACGAGGGUAGCUAGCAACUUAUAAUUUCGUUCAACUGUUUGAAAGUUUAAUUGAAAAUCCCUCGGCUGUGUCCGCGUUCGUUUUUUGGCCGUUGGUCCCUUCCGUUUGUACUUCCGCUUUCAUCCCUUGGAAUAUCGGAUCACAGUAAGAGACCCUGCUGAAAUUCCCGUUGAACCUCGCCGGUUAUUCGGAUGCGAAUACCGCCUUCCAAGUACGAGACCUGUCGCCAGGGUCAGGACAACGGGUCUUCUUUAAAGCUACACUGCCAGACCGAACUUCUGAGCUUCCCAGGCGUAAAUUAAUGCUCGCUCACGUAGGAUCGUCAUUGUUAUGUUAAUCGCUCGAGCUCGACAGAUCAGCUGACUUGCUAACGGACUUGAAAACUCGUCGGUACGUUUUCUCGGCAUUCGCCGAGCCUGGCGCUCCUGCAUCGCGGCUCGACAUAACCAUUAACAUUCAAAUCUUUUUUUUAUUCUCGUAGGUAUAUAGACAUUGCCCUCGCUAAGUUGGAGAGAUUUCGAACUCCCAUUAUUAACGGGGAUUAAUCCGUCCUGCGGUUCACCAAGUCUUGCCGCGAAAGUCAUUAAAACGAUACGUUUAAAUUAGCAUUAUAAUUACAAAGUUCACGGCUGGAGCGAGACUCUCGUCAACUAAUCUACCUUAUACGUUCUAUCGAGGAAAGGGAUUUUCGUAGCACCGCUCGCAAACGACAAGCCAGGCUUUACACUAGCUACUCGCGUUUCCCCCGGUUUAAUCUUUCUAACCUCUGUCUCUCUUUACUUACUUUUCAAUUUUCAUUUUAAACAAUUCUUGAGGGUGCGAGUGGGACUGUAGAGUUUGGCUGGAAAUGUUUUUAAACUAAUAGGAUUAACGGGACAAUAAUUUUAUGCGUAACUCAGACUUGGCUUCCUAACAGGAAGGUCAGACAGAUUUUGAAAGUCUCCAAUUACGAUGAGAGUAAAAUGAACCCGACUUACCGAAGCUUGGCCACUUUCGAAACUUGACUGACCGUAUUCCCUUGCGAUCGCUAGUGAUAAUAGGAUUAGGUAAAAAGUGGUGCUGGGUCUACGCUUAACGAUUAGUUAAACUACGAUAAAUUCUAUACCAUUCGUAUACAUAAAGACACAUGUACGUACCUACCUAUCGUAUUCAAACUUUAUACCUACCAGUAGAUAAUGUACGCAUACUGCAAAUAGAUACAUGUAUAUGUUUUCUGUAUGUAUGUAUUCCACUGAUACAUGUAGUUUGAACAGAUAAAUGCAAAUAUUGAUAAAAGUGUCAAAAAAAUAAUAUACAAAUAUAUAAUAUUGUAACACGUUAUACGAAUCUAACGAGAAUCAAAAAAAAAAAAGAAACCUAUUUUGUAACUUGGAUGAAAAUAUUUCGAAUGUCUUUGUAAAAGGGUCGUUGCACGUUAUAAUUAGUACACAUACGUUUCUCGCCAGUUAAUGCAUUUCAACGAAUCGUUAUUUCGACAAUCCUGCUCAAUAUACAAAGUUAUACAUAACCAACUGCCAGCCAACCAGAUAUGCAAAAACUAUGCCCCUUUUUACAGAGAGUCGGUCUAUUGUCGACAUAUAUUUUUAGCCAUUUAAAUUUAGUUACUUUAGUAAGGUGCUACUCUGUAUAUACACUGACUCAAUGUGAAGAAAAAAUUCGUCCCUACAAUUCGACAGAUUUUUAAAAAGUAAUACGAGGGAAAUUACGUUGCGAGACGUACGGUUUUAUUUCUAAUAAAUUGUAAAACACUCGUUGUAAAUUUUCACUAAUUCUUUGAAAUAAAAUGUAAUGAUGCUUCUACUA